AUGUCAUCUUCGUCCUCUUCACAAAUUUCUAAGGAUGUUCCACCGGAUUAUGAAACGAUUGGUACCAUUUUCGGCUACGCACUCGUGGCGUUAUCCUGGCUCCUUAUUAUACUCACGUUCCCAUUCUCUAUGUGCGUAUGCCUGAAGGUUAUAAAAGAAUAUGAAAGAGUUGUAAUAUUCCGAAUUGGUCGACUAGUGUUCGGCGGUGCUCGAGGUCCCGGCAUGAUCUUCAUUAUUCCAUGUAUCGACACAUAUAGAAAAAUCGAUCUUAGGGUGGUUUCGUACGCUGUGCCACCGCAAGAAAUCUUAUCGAAAGACUCAGUGACAGUAUCCGUGGACGCUGUCGUCUAUUUCCGAACGUCCGAUCCUAUCGCAUCUGUUAACAAUGUGGACGAUGCUAUUUAUUCGACCAAACUCUUGGCGCAAACAACUCUCAGGAAUGCUUUGGGUAUGAAAACAUUGACUGAGAUGUUGACUGAACGAGAGGCCAUCGCACAACUUUGUGAAACGAUUUUGGACGAAGGCACGGAACACUGGGGUGUGAAGGUGGAGCGAGUGGAAGUAAAAGACAUUAGGCUACCUCAACAGCUCACUCGCGCUAUGGCUGCUGAAGCCGAAGCCGCUCGAGAAGCUCGGGCGAAAGUCGUGGCAGCAGAAGGAGAGCAGAAAGCCUCUCGUGCUUUGAAAGAAGCAGCGGAUGUUAUCCAAGCAAAUCCGGUCGCCUUACAACUCCGGCAUCUGCAAGCGCUCAACAGCAUCGCAGCUGAACAUAAUUCAACAAUCGUAUUCCCGGUGCCGGUGGAAAUGUUUGGUGCUUUCAUGAAGAAGGACAACUAA